UAGAUAAAGGAAAGGUCAUAGAGAUGCCAGUACAGUGUGGGAGCUGCCCACAGCUGCUCUAACGGUGUGCUGCUUAAAUUUAUCCAAUGGCCAUGGGAUACACACAGCAGAACACAGACCUGAAGGCCAUCCUGUAUGUGGCUACACUUGGGUUAACUACUGCAUGGAUCAUGACAGUUUUAAUGCACAAUGAUCCUUCCAAGCAGGUCCACCAUCCUGCAGUGUGGAGGCAUUUAUUCCCAUUAAGAGAACUCCAUUACGAGCAAGGUCUCUGGAGCGAUCUCUGGAGAACAAGAAUGCCCUUACAGAAGUAGAGGGUUUUUUCCUGUUCCCUUACAUUCAUUCUCUCCCCCUCUCUCUCCCUCAGCAGGGUACCCUCAGCUUUUCAUACAGUUAGGAAUGCGAAGAGGAUAAAACCUAAGCCACACACAGAGGUGUGUCUCCAAGUGCUUCGCAGUGCUGAGGAGACCGUUACAACUGUGGAGUUUCCUGGUUCCCUGGUGUUCUUUAGGAUCUCUUACAGGGGUGAGCAGGACUGGAGGAAACGUGAGGGCAAACGUGAGAGGACUACAAGUGCACCCCAGGCCAGGACAGCGUCGUUAGUAGCAGCCUCUCCUCACAACGCGCCAACUCCUAAGGUGAGCCCGGUGCGGAUGCGGCGGCCGGGCGAGGCGCAGCGCCGCAGUCCCCGGCAAGUGCCGGAGAACGAGCCUGGGGCGGGAGACAUGGAGUCCGGUGGAGACCUCCCGGCGGAUCGGCCCUCGGCCCUUCGGAGUGGGAUGGAGGAGGCUGAGAAGGAGGCAGAUGAUGAGGGAGGGAAGACUGCCUGGCACCAGAGCCUGAAUCCCGAGCUGCAGCAGGGGUACCGCAUCCUGCGCGAGUUCCUGCUGGAGAAGUACCGGCCUCUGACGGCGCCGUUCCUGAAGCCCCUCGCGGAUCAGGCGUAUUUCGGGGAAGAAGUCUCUGGCUCCCUCUUGGGCCGUAAGAACAGCCAGUCCUUGCAGCAGUUGCCCGCUGGAAUAUGGCUAUUGGAAAUGGAAGAGAAAUUUUCCAGUGGGCAGUACACAGGGAUAGCAGAUUUCGUGUGUGACUUCCGGCUCAUGCUGGAGACUUGCUAUCGGCUGCACGGUGUGGAUCACUGGCUCUCCAAACAGGCCCAGAAGCUGGAGAUGAUGCUGGAACAGAAGUUGGCGCUGCUAUCCCGGCAUUUAAGAGAGAAAACAUCAUUAGCUGUAACAUCUAGAGGAUGCUAUGGGCAGGAGGAUGAAAAAACAACAGCAUGCAUUUCUACAAGACGUCGUUCCACUCCUCGCAAUUUAGUGGGUUUGUCAACGGGCAUGUUUGAGUCUGUGAUGGUUCAGGUUCUAAGACAAGAGGAGCAACUGAGAGCAAAAGAGGAAAAGAGCCAGAAGCAAAUAAUCUCUGCCAGUGCCUCUGCCGUUACCUCAUUGAUGUGGCAUUUCAGCUUGUCAGUUAGGCAGAGAGAUCAAGAAAGAAAAGAAGCAGAAGAAGCUAGUCAGAAAGAAAUAGAAGAAUGGGAAAAAUCACUUUUAGCUCAAGCAGCACCUACAAGGAUGGAGACAAUGUGGGAGAUUCCAGCUAUUGGUCAUUUUCUUUGCUUGGCUCAACAGAUUUUAAAUUUACCUGAAAUAGUAUUCUAUGAAUUGGAACGUUGUCUUCUGAUGCCUCAGUGUAAUGUUUUUUUGUCUAAAAUAAUGACUUCUUUGUUAAGUCCUCCUCAUCGUAGACCUACAUUACAUCGCAGGCCUACAUUUUCCUACAGGACUUGGGAAGCAGCACUCAGAAAGAAGGUGCAACACUGGUAUACUGUUGUGGGGCAGACUGACAAUCCUAAUGGUGCUGCAGAAAAACUUGGACUGUGUCCCCAGUUUUUCAAAGUUCUUGGAGAAGUUAAUCCCUUGGAGGAAAAACCAUUUCAUGAACUACCAUUCUAUCAAAAAGUUUGGCUGCUAAAAGGUCUCUGUGACUUUGUAUAUGAAACACAAAAGGAUGUACAGGAUGCAGUGCUAGGUCAGCCUAUCCAUGAAUGCAGAGAAGUAAUUCUUGGUUAUGACUGCUUGGAAAAUGCGUAUGUUCACUUUCCACAGUUCUGUGGUGCAGAUGUUCGAAUUUACAAACAAAAACCUUUUCAGGCUCCUGAAUUCCCAUCUCUUCCCAUCAAAGUUAAAAAAGUGCCACGUAUUAAAUUGGAAAGAGUAAAACAUGAAUAUGUAAGCAAAAGCAAUGGGGAGGUCAGUUCUGGUGGGAGAGAGCUGCUGUGUCAUUCCAAGGCAGGAGAGAAAAGUAUGGACAUUGUUAUCUGUCCAGAAAAAAGAACACGUUUAGGUAGUUUUAGAGUCCCUACAGAGGAAACAAAGGUUGACUGUGAAAUAAAAGCCUCAAGAGUUUGUGACAUCAAAAAACCUGGUUGUUCUAAAGAGAACUUCAGGAAUUUGAUAACUUCAGGAGAGAUUGUGGAUAUAGGUGGUCACCCUAGUUCAGAGGAAAUAACAGAUGUGGAGAAUGGACAAAGUUGCACUGAAAUGGCCAGAGUAAGACCUGAGCUGAGUCCAUUCAAGGGGAGCACACUGAAAGCUUGCCAAAUGCAUGUCAAUGGCACUUAUAAUGAAAGCCAAGGCAGAAAUUACCAUGAAUCUUCUGAAGAAACAGUGCUAGAGACCUUACUGCAAAAUAAGAAGAAACUAAAUAAGAUGCUGGCAAAAAAGAAGAAAAAGAAAAAAAAGAAGUUGAAGGAUAUUCUAAAUGAAAAUCUACAGAGAAAACUUGAUGACUUGCAAAGAAAGCGUGAGAUUCAUCUUCAUCCAUUCAAAUCUUAUAAGUCUGAGAUCCAGAACAAGUUGUUUUUAAUUAAAAAGAAAGCAAAACAUAAGAAGAACAAGUCUGGAAAAAAAUCGUUAUCUAAAAAAGCAAUCACAAAGAAGAGGAAAGGUGUCAGAAAGUCUACCAUACCAGAAUUUCAGCUUAUUUGCACUAAUCUUGAUGAACUCAGGGAAUUAAUCACAAAGAUUGAGAGUGAACUCAAAGAUCUGGAGGACAUUAAAAAGAAAUCGGGAAGAUGGUUCCACCGGAAGCAAGCAGUAAAGGAAUUGCAUGGUACGUUGUUACGACUGCUUAAUGAACUGUUACCAUGGGAACCAAAGCUAAUUAAAGCAUUUCAAAGAAACAGGUCUAGAUUGAAGAAGGACUAUGAUGACUUUAAAAGACAUCCAGACCAUGAUAAAUUUACCAGAGAAUUGUGGAGUAAUGAUGAAAGUGAAGUUGAUUCUGGCAAAGAAUCUUUUGCAGUAGUAUGCGGUAAAUCAUCAGAGUCUGCAGAACAUAUAGAAGUUCCCAAAAAAGAUCACUCAGACAAUGAUGAAAUGAAACUAUUAGAGAUGAAUUUACCUGCAGGAAAAAACAGAAUUCUGAAAAAAGAAUCAGCUUCUAAAGAUAUACAGAAGACACUGCCUAAAUGCAUUAAACGACAGUUCAAGCAAAAUAGUUGUCUGGAUCAAAGCACUAAUGAGCUUUCACCAAGGAAGAAAGCUAAACUGAGCACUAAUGAGGAUGUGGUCCAGAGUUCAGAAAGUAGCCUGAAGUUGGAUAGUUGCUUGACUGAGGUGAAACAAUUUGAAGGGUCAACUCUAGAGUUGCUUUCCUUGACAGGUCCUGCAACAUCAGUAUCAAACUUUCUGAAAGGGACCAAACCCAUCCAGGCCUUGCUUGCCAAGAAUACUGGGAACAAAGUGACCUUAACAAAUCAACUGUUGCCUCCUGCAGGCAUGAACAUAUCUACUUCUGAAAAGUCAGUUUUACCAGCUUUGGAAUCAUCCCUGAUCAAACCAGCAUUGCCCUGCCCGGCCGGUUCAAAGACUCCUCUACAAAUGGUAUACAAAAUGCCAAAUGGCCACUGUGUACCAAUAGAUGUUCCCAACAGCUCAGUGAAAAUUCAAAUGCAAGCUAUGAUUGACCCUAAAAAUGGAGAAAAAGUCAUGCAACAAGUUCUUAUUUUACCUAAGAAUUUUCUUCUUCAGCAGAAAGAAGAAAAAUUUGAAUCCAAGGAUAUUCAGUCACUACAACAAAAGUCAUUUGAGAUGCACUGUACAUCUUUACCAAAAAUGCCAAAUGUCAGUGUUUCUUUAACACCUGUUCUGGUGACAAGCCCUGCAAAUGCUACUCAGUCACCCACUACAGUUUUUAGCAAGAAUACUACCCACUCAUCACAAGUGACUGGUCCCAUGAGCUCUACACAACCACUGUCUAGUGUAACUUCAGCAGAUAACUUAUCAAUAAUUAAGGUAAGCCAAAGUGACAGUGACAAAUUCAAGACUACAGUUUCGACUGCUACAUUGCCUGUGUCUUUGGCUUCACCUACUCUUUCCACAGCUAGCCAGUCCUUGAUACCAGCAACAGCAUUAAGUGCAUCUACAAACACUGAUUCUGCCUCUCACAGUCUAGCAUCACAGCAGCAAACUGACUCCCUUGAAACUAAGCAAGAGCUAAAGACAGUGUGUGUAAGAGAAUCACAAUCUAUCCUGGUCACAACACGAGGUGGAAACACUGGAAUUGUUAAAGUGCAAACAAACCCAGACCAGAUUUCACCUAGUAGUUUAUGUCCUAGUUCAGUUUUCACUUACGCAUCUCAACUUCAGGCCUUUCUUGUGCCAAAAACCACAGCAGUAUCAUGCUCUAGUCUUCCAUUUGUAGCAACAGCUACAUCUGCUCUCCCACAUAUUGGACAAUCACCUCCUUCUGGAUUUGCUCUCUCAACAACUUCUUUUGUUAACAUUCCAGCUUCCCCUGCUGAUUUUACCCAGGCAAUGGAGAAAAAUACCAAAUUUACACUACAGCAGCCAGUUGUUUGGGACUCUUUAUGUCGAGUAAGAGAGGACUCCUGCCAUGUGUCUUCUUCUUUAUCCUCUAUUCCAUUAGCUAGCAAAUUGGUGCCAGCAGCUCCAAACAGCCUUGUUAGUGUGACUAGCAUUGGACAAAGUAAUAUUGUCAAAACUCCAAAUUCUUCUGUGCAGCAUCAAGGGGAUACUAAAGUGAAAACAAAAUCUGUUACACAAUCUGAGUCAAAUUCUGCAACAAAUGGAGAGUUAAUCAGUGGUACUCCAGUCCAGAAAUUUACAUUAAUCGCAAAUCCACCAAUUUUAUCUCCCUCUGGGGCAUCAGGGAUCAAUAUUAUACCCUGUCCAGCAUCCACUGCUGUUAAUGCUCAGAAGCUGGUUUUCAUUAAAACACAAAUUGCCAAUGGCCCAUCAACCACCAAUCUAGUUGCAGAGUCAUUGAAACAGCACCUUCCUUCUUCCCUGACCAAAACCUUUGUUAAUGCCACAGAGCAACCACAGUUGGUUUUGAUCCCAUCUACAGUAGGAACACCAAUAAGAAUAAACUCAUCACCAACUAUUGCUCAAGUAAAAGAUGUGAAAAUUGGACUAAAUAUAGGUCAGACCAUUGUAAAUACUAAAGGCAGUGCACAGGAGGCCGUACCAGUUAGUAUAUUGCACUCUGGCAUUUCUAAAAGAGAAGACAAGAAGAGGACAGCCUCAGCCCCAUCCUUGACAAGUAGUACUAUUCCAAGUUCUGCUGUGUCAGCUAAUGGAUCUGUAUGUGUUGCAACAAAAGCUGAAAAUUCCUUUACAAUGACAGCAGCAAAUGCUCAAGUAGAAUCUGUUCCACUAACAUCAAGUGGAACUUCCUCUGGGGCACAGCCUACUGGCUUGAUUGGUGGAAAUGAUCCCUCAAGAACAAGGCCAGUUCUGGGUAAUCAGCUUUGUACAUCAAAUAUUGGAAAUACUGUGGGUAUAUCAACUGUGAAGACAGGACAUCUUGCUUCGUCUGUGCUGAUUUCAACACAGCCAAGAGUAUCUCCGCAAAACUUAGCAUCUGCUCUGCAAUUUCCAGUCAUUAGCUUGCCUGGACCUGCAGCCACCCCCCAAAAGGUGUUACAUACAGUUCCUCAGUUGGCAGCAGUUCCAGCUCCUCUUCCAGUACCAAAAAGACAGUUGCCCACACUGGUUCAGUUUCAGUCAUCAGGAAUUUCAGCUGCUGUGUCAAGUCAUGCAGGUAUUCACAAACCUCAGAGUGUGUUGCCCCCUCCAUCACUGAAUACAGGUGAAGUAAUUAGUUUUCCCAGUCCUUCCACCCUACAAUGCCAGCAGGUGCCUCCCAGUACAGAGAAACAAAGUCAUGAUUAUGCUUGUGCUUCUGCUGUUCAGAUGUCUGAAGCUUCGCCCCCUGUAACAAGCAAAACAGGAGGAAUUCCAUUGAAUGAACCUCCCACUCAACAGAAAAUAGUCAUUAACACUUGUAUGCCUUUGGCACCUGGAACUCAGAUAAUGAUUAAUGGUACUCGUUUUGUUGUUCCACUACAAGGCCUUGGAGCUGGCAGCCAUGUUCUUCUUCUCUCCUGUAAUACAAAACAGACUCCUUUAACAAUUAACCAUGGUCAAGAGCCUCAAGGUGUACCAAUGACCUCAAAAAUCAUCCUAGCACCAAGUCAUUCAUUAAGUUGGCAAAUACCAAAGCAUCCUUUGAAAAGCUCUACAAAAAUUGUGAACUCUUUUGGAGCUGCAGAUGCUUUACCCAUCGUACAUGCAACACCCCAGAUAUUUAGUACUCCAGCUAGCUCAUGUACUCCACUGUCUGCAGUAACUCUGUCUGUAUCUUCAGUGACAAAGUCUCCCAUUAAUGUAGCUCCAUCUUCUGUUUCUGCUGUUCAUCCUCCGAACUCUCAUUUACCAAGCAACACAUCAAUGUUUCAGCUAGAUGGUUCUAUCAAAAAACUGUUGGUCAGUCCAGAGGGAGCCAUACUGAAUGCUCUAAAUACUUCAGCACCAAAAGUUCCUUCCCUGUCUUCAUCACUGCUUCCUGUUGUUAGUUCCACAAGCAGAAAUGCUACUGCCGUCUUCCCUGCGUCUCAGGCAUCUUGCCUUGAUAAACCUGACAAAGCUGCAUCCUGAAUUUACUGCAAAUGAGCCACUUUGAAAUUUUGGGGCAUUCUUCAAACUUUGGAAGUUGUUAACUAUUGAAUAAUUUCUUACAAUGUUUUAAACAAUUGAUUUUCUCAAUAUUAACAAGGUUACAGUUCUUACCUGUUUACCUGUGGGGAUGUGGAGAAAGAAAAAUUUUAGUUUGUUGGAAGUUUUCAGAAAGUUCUCUAGUAAAAGGCUCAGAGAUGACCAAUUCAUUCGUUUAACAGUUUGGAGAAAUCUCACCAUUUGCACAUGUUCCAUCUUACACUAUGGACUGUUUGCCUGUGUGUUUAUGACAGUAUAUAUCUGCAUUUUAUUUGUCAAAUUUAUUUUUGACUUGUUUCUUAAAAAAAAAAAAGCAUUGUAAAAAUGCAAUCUACAGUAUAGAAUUGUACAUAUUCUUGAACUCCUAAAAAUCUGUACUAAAUAAUAUGUACAAAAAACUAUGCUGUCUUAUUUAUGUUUUGUUUACAUAAUAUAUAGUUUUUUAAGUAUUUUAGUAACUUUGGACCAGUGUACUGUUUAGCAACAACGCAGAAGAAUCUGCAUGUAAUAAAUCAAGUUGCUGUACUGCUUUGUGUUGGCAGUAGUUAAAAAUAUGUGUAUCUGUUACACAUGGGAGAAUACAUACAUGCAUACAUACAUAUUUUUCUUUUGGUGUGGGCUAGAAUGAAAUUAUUUAAUCUCUUCUGUUCUUCUCUGAUUUUACAUUUCACGUGAUUUGACAGGAUUUGGAAGGAAGGCCUCCCUAUUGUUCCUCAUGAUAUAGGGCAGGAAAACCCUUCAUCUAUUCUUAAUGGUUUGGUUAUGUUGCCUAAAUAACUGCAGUGAAAUGGUAAGACUACAAAUGGCUUCCUGUGCACCAGUCUAAGUCACACUGAUUGCUCUUAAGGACUGCCAUGCUUUGUCUUAAAACUCAAAGACCUGUUGAACAAUUCGUUGUUCUCUGUUUUACAGCCUUGUGUGUAUUUCCACAUUGUCAGUAACUGUAACAAGGUCACUCACUAAUCUUCCAUCUAGCCAUAACAACUACCCAUUUUUUUCACUGGUCAUGCUUUCUAGCUCUGUAUGUUUUCUUUAGCUUAUAAGUGGUCUAUCUGGAAGGACAGUGCUGAAACAUCAUACAAGAUUAAAAGAAGCUUUAUUAGUACUUUGAAUGGGGAUAAUUUACAUAUUGCUUAAACCUUCCCUUUUUUAUAAAGUGUAUUCAGUAUUUAUUGGCUUGGUUUCAGCAUUUGAUCUGAUAAAACCUUUGGGUUAUUUUCUGCAGAUCUGCUGAGUUCACAGCUGCCUGCUGCAGCACUCAUGGAGAUAAGUUUUUUAUAUCUUUUGUGAUUUUGCAUAUAGAGAAUGGGUGCCCAUCUUAUCUUAUGGAAGAUGGUGAUUUUAGAAUUGUUGUCUUCAUAUGUGUUGGAUUUUUUGUGGAGUUUGUUGGUUUGAGUUUUUUUAGAAACUAGAAGGGAAGAUUUCAGAAGAGCUUAUGAAUGAUAGUUGCCUUUUAAAUAGCUAUGACAAAGGGGAUAAAAGCUUACAUAUCUGUAUUUAGCAGUGUUUGUAGACUGAGUUUCAUAAAAAUGAAACUUCAAUCUUUGCUUUCAGCCUGUUGAAUUUUCUACUUCCCUUCCCCUUUUGCUGCAUACAGUUGAAGAACAGGACCACAUCUUACUGCCUCUGUCAGCUGCUCUUUAAAUUGUUCUGAAAAGUAACCUGAUAGCUAUUUAGCUGAAGUUCUGGGAAACUGGGGGGAAGAAAGGCUUGUGCCUUCCAUAGGGACCUUUCCUUUUGCACUAAUUGAAAAAAUUUCAUUGAGGAAUUGCAACUUUCUGGAUCAGAAAUGUCCAUCUUAUCUCAGGGCUGGGAAAGAUGGAAGCUGUCAGUUUUGGAAUGAAAUGUUUGUUUAAAUUCAGAAAAAGCUACCUGCUAUGAUUUUCCUACUUCUCAUGGAAGGUGUUUUGUAAUUGAUUUUGAAGACACCUCGUACUAAGGGUGUCUGCAUGCCCUUGUAGAGUUUACAGUACUUAGGAUUUUAAAGUCUGACUGCAUUUUACUGUUGAAUGCUGCAGGUGACUUUUCCAACAGAGGGAGAUGGCAGAGAAUGGCAGUUUCUUCAUGGACAUUUUACCCAUAUGUACCAGCAACUCAUUUUAUUUCCAUUUCAGUGUUUGAACCUUGGGACUUGCUUUUUUGGACUUUUUUCUUGCAGUGAUUGUUUUUUUCUAUUUUGUAAUUUAUGUUUACUGUAGAGUGAGUUGUCUACAUUGUUUGGAAAGCUCAAGACUAGGUUCUCGUAUUGAAGUUGUUCUUGAUGGAGAAAAAAUUCUUGCAUGGCAUUUUUCUGUGUGCUAAAGUAAUAGAAAGAUUUAUGCUAUAGUUCUAAUAAAGAGAAAAGUUAGAAAAGCUGAAUUUAGGAACUCAGGACUCAAGUAACUUGCUUGAAUGAUUUCCAAGAAAUAUCCUGAAUUAAUAUGGUAGUAUUUUAUGAUUUUCAUAAAUAUUUUAUAAUUUGGGAGACAUAAACUUUACAACAUGAAAAGUUUGAUUUGUUUGAUUACAGUUUUCAUGGGUUUUUAUUCUCAGACGUAUGUUCACAUUCCAAAUCCUACUGGAGAAAGACUUGAGACUGCUAUGUAAUGGGCUUGCAACAUUCAUUAUGUAAAACCAAAUUUUAGUAAUUUUUGUGAAUAAAAUUCCUAUUCUCAAGACUCUUUUCCGAUAAUAUGAAUGUCAGUCAGAGAUAAGGCUUUUUUUCAAAUGAAACUAAAUACCCAUUGACAAUUUGCUAUGUACCUUUUGCACUCCACCAGAUUAAUAGUGCUACCAGUAGCACAAAAAGAACUAUGAAAACGUAGAUUAUAUUCACAGGCACAAUGAAAAAGCAGAACUGCCUGCAUCUCAACUUGAAAUUAAAAAGACAUUUAAUGAAACAUAUAAACAUAGAUAUAUAAAUCAGCCUUUUAAGAAAACAUGCUCAGCAUUUCAGAGCUUGUAAAAUGCCUUGCUUUUGGACACCCUCUGAUAUUGUAUACAAUAUUCAUAUGCUAUAUUACAUGCAAAAUUCUAGGUUUACUAAUGACUUUGAAUAUUCUAAAUGACAUCCUUUUAUUUACCUGAAUGGACAUGUUCUGCGCAAUGGUUUUUCUUUGCUAUGAAUAGGAAAUUACAUUAAUAUUGCUUCAUUGUUCAAACCCCUGUGUGUGUGCUGUCAUUUUCUUAUAGGGAUUCUGCCACCCUAGAAGCAAUUAUAUUUGACAAGUCUUAGGGGUCAUAGAAGUACCUGUUCAAAUCAAGUGUUUCUGCCAAGUCGUUAAAAUCUGUGCUGAUUUCACUGUGUAACAUGGCGAAGGGUUUAAUGUGAAAAGGGAAGCAAAAAUUCUCCUGGUAAGUGAGUGGAGAGAAACUAAUAUGUCUCAUAGGAGUAGGUCAGAAAAUUACUAAAAGCUAGCAUUUGUAGUGCAUCCAUAGCCACCACACUGUGUGUGGUUCAUAGUUGGUUUUGCUUAUAUUUUGUGGUAGUGCAGAACUUCAGUAGCCCAAAUAAAUUUUAAAGUAAAUUAAUAAUUUUUAUUGAAGCAUCAAUGUUUGUUAUGUUUAAAGACUGUUUCCUUUGAAUAGAAUGGCCAGAGGUGCUCACAAAAACUUAACUCAUGUACACUGCUCUUUGUAAGCUGCACCACAAAUGAGUUCACUGACUCAAAAUAAUAAGAAAAAUAAGAUUAAUAAUGCUGCAUCAGACUUAAGAUCCAUCUAUCCUAUUACGAUGGCUAUCGAUCCCAGCAUCACCUAGUCUCUUGAAGCACUCAACAGUAGCAUUCCAAAAGAGCACAAAACCAGAUCUGAAUACUCUUAGUAUCCACUUAUCUGUGAGCCAGAGUAUUCCUCACACAGCUGUGAUUUUUUUUCCUGUUUAAUAGCUUUCAAUGUAUUUCUCUUGAUGAAAUACACCAAUCCUUUCAAGAAUUGAUGGAAGUAUGUAAAAACACUAUUUCCAUUCACAGCAUGCAGUGGUAAAGAGUUUGUAAAUAAAUCUCCUUUCUGGUUUUCAAACCUAGCACCUGCUCAUUUCAUUUGAUGUAAAUAAUAUUUAUAUUGUAAGAUACAAUAAGCCUUUGCUCUUUGCUAUUUUUCCAUAUGGCCUAUGUAGACCUUUGCUGUGUUGGUUGUUCUAUUUUCUAGAAUAAAGAGAAAUCGUGAAUUCAAUUAUUUCUUUCAUGGAAGUAAUCAGUUGCUGUCAUCGCUGUGUAUACUUCUUCAAUUUUACUAUAUCUUUGAGAUGUGGUAUCAGAAGAGUCCAUCUUCUAAAAGUCCUAUGAGCUAUUCAGUAGUGUGUUGAUGAUUUUUCUUUUAUAAUUAUUUCAGUGUUUGUAGUUUGGUUUCUGACUAUUAUUUAGCCUUGUACUAACUUUUUGAUAGAAAUUUGAAUUGUAAACCAGCUUUGCAUCAGUGUCAACUUAAUUCAUCCAAUAAAUCUAUACCACUUGCAGAAUAUUUUAGCUGUAAAGACAUGAUCUUUAAACCAGGUUAUUGAAACCACUGCAAGUCUGGCAGUCUCUGUUCCUAUUUACACUUGGUUUUAUGUCUCUUGAAGAUGUAAAAGGACAAACUCCUGUAAUGAUUUUCAGCAUGAUGCUUUUCAAAUCUCAUUGUUUUUGUACACAGGAUAGAAGAUAAAAUCUAUAUAUGGUCAUUUUAUACAGAUGGGCAUCCAGAUAAGGAUUUUUUAGUUCUUGAAGAAGCCACUUUGUAAAUAUGACACAGAGCAAUGUUAUUUUAAAUUUUUUUCCUUGAAACUACAGUGGCAUAAAAGCAAACGUAAAGAUCUUGAUAAAUCUUUGUCUAUUUUCCUAUUUUCUCAAAAUAUGGAAUUGUCUAGUCAGUAAUCACACCUGAAUGUCUUGAGUAAACUUGGAAACCAGGAUAGUUCAUUGCUUCAUAUGUGACUGGUCCAGAAGUUCUUCAGAAAUUUGGUGUCCUUACAGUAUCUUACAAUCUCAGCUGAACUAAGCAUAUUAAAUGAAAAUUGUAUGUAAAGGUAAUGCAUAGAAAAUGUAAUUUAUUGCUUAUAAUAUUUCUUGAAGUUGUUUGUUACACAGAAGAUCUAUUAAAAUGUGCAUAAAUAUGAUUUCCGACCUUUUGCAGAUGAAGACAAUGAAGUUCUGGGUUCUCAUAGCAACAUGGAGGAACUGGGAAUAGAAUCCUUGGUCCCCUGACUCCUUCCAGCAUCCCAUCCAUAACUAAAGGUUGGACACCUGGAUUACUGCUUUAUCUUCCUCUAUUCUCACUUUUUACAAUGAAGAAAAUAUUUGGAAAAUGCAAUUAUUUUCAAGAUUGUGAGGAGCAUUGACAAAUAGUAUUUAUAAAAAUUAAAUAGCAAAAGGAAGUAAGAUAGUAAAGAAACAACUGUGAUUUUUGUGAUUGUCUUCAGGCUUUAGAACUUUGUUUUUCAAUGCCAAUGUCAUAAAAAGAAGACAAUAUACUUAUUUAAUUAGUUGUUCAGACUGAUUCCAUCUCAAGUAUAAAUACACAAGAACAAAUAAAUAAAUAUAAAAUCAGACUAUUUUGGCUGUCAAUAGAUCAUUGCCAUCUGGUACCAGCAUAUACAUUAAGAUCUGCCCUCAUAACAUGCUGUUAUUUAUGGAAUCAUUGCUCUUUUUUUUUUAAUCACAUGCAGCAGUGAAAUUGAAUAACAGAGAGGAAUUAGUGACUGGGUAUUACUAUGUAGCCACAGGGUGUCUUCCUUAUAAUAAAGGAAGAGUAGUAUCAUGAUGGAUUCCAUUUACACAAUAUAAAAAUCUGGUAUUUUUAGUAUUAUAAUAAAUUUUUGCUACUGGGAAGGAGGAAUUACGUGCAUCUAUUUUUAAAGAACAUCAACAAUUCAUAUUAGCAACACACCAAUACUAAAAUUACAGCUGUUUGUUUGAGGCUUGUCUGGACAGUAUUCUACAGUUCAACUACCUUGUGCCUUCAAAAUAUUGUUCUUGCCUGUAGAGUGCUUUUUGCAAUGUGAUCAUAGAAGAACAAAAAGUGGGAGAGGCCUAUUGUGAAGUAUUUGCCUCCUCCAUGGCCUAAGAAAUUGAUGGAAAACCAAUGCGUUUUUUAAAAGAGGGCCCAUGUCUGAAAGUGAAUUUCUUACUUGGGCACAGGAAAUGCAAGUGAUGUGGCCGGUGCAGCAGACCUAUCUUUGUAUUAGCUGCCCCUUGGACUGGGUGUUUCACUCACUGUAGAGGCCAGUAUACAAUGCUUAGUGAAAAGAAUUGAGAAACAGAUCAAGUAUGAGUUAAUUUUCCCAGUAUGUAUACACAGCCUCCAACAAUAAUUCCAGCAAAAUUUUGUGAACUCAGCCUGAGCCUGUCUGUGACAUGAAAGGGCAGAUUUUACUGCCAAAGAAUCGAGUACUGGAAAAAUGUGACCAGUAAUUCAGAGAGGCAGAGCAGCAAUAACAGCAUAAAUAAUAAGAGCAUAAAACUGCUUAUCCAUUAUAAGAAGUGGUGCAUGAAUCAUGUUCAAUGGCAGAAGGUUUGACUGAGGUGUUGACUAAAAUUAUUACUGGGGCCAAAAUCCAGGAAGUGAAGAUAAUGUGGGCUGCAUAUCCUGGGAAUUAUGAAUGUAAGAAGGACAAGCUUCUUAAAUCUGUGUUGGUACCAAAAAUGUUCAGGUUGAGUUUCCUGGACAUAGAGAAAUAGGAGUCAUUUAUAACAAGAUAGACACCUGACACCUUUUAAUCCUUGCAAGGAUUUAUCUACAGGACAUUAAUGCCAGGGAAUAGUCACACUUACCACAUGAUUUUUUUUUUUUUUGUUUUAAUGCAAAUUCUGAAGCAGUUCUAAGGUUUCUCUUUUUUUGUAGCUUCCAGAUAACUAUCCUAAAAUUCCUCCUGCAAACAAAUGCAGAAUCAAAUCUAGCACUGAACUAUGUCUAAAAAGGGCUGCUCUUCUGCUCCAGAGUGUCAGGAGCAAUAAGUUACUUGAGGUGUACAUGGUGCUUUGGAGAAAUAGAAAUCAAUUACUGUUGCCAAGGUGAGUGGGAAAGGAUAAAUUGCUAGAACAUGGAAGAUGACACCUUUUUCUUAAGAAAGUUAUUUUCAACAAAAAUGAGUCAGAUCCUUCUCCUUAUAGCUACAAGAUGAUGGUAAGGUAAAUGAAAAAAAAGAGCUGUGAAGAAGGAAGGCUUUUCUGUGUAUGCAGAGAACAUUGCAAACAUGCAGCAGAGAAUUCUGUUUCUCCCAUCCAGAGAUGGAAGCUAGUGGAGUUGAAAAAACGACACAAAAUUAGUAUUGAAACACUGAAGUAUUUAUAUUAGGUCAUCACUCCUUUUCUGUACUGAUUUUAACUCAUGUGAUGUAUCUCUCAGGAAAGGAGCAAAUAAAGCAUGUGGUCCAAAUAUCUAAUAGAGGCUAUACUAAAAUGGUUUGAAAAUAUGAAGGCACAUGUGCUGCUUAAGCAUUGUUCAGAUUUUCACACAGGUGAAUUUACCAAGACUGGAGUUUGCAGCUAUCCUAUGCAAAGAGCUUUCUGGGGAAACAAGAGGAGGCAGUGACUGUGACAUUUAAUGUCAAUACUGUUGACACAAUGGAUUAUACAUUCUGCCCUUUUUUAUCCAGUUAAAUAGGGCCCAGCUCUCUGGUUCUUUUUUUGAUGAAUAAAUGUCAUAGUAUUGCAGGAGCAGAGAAUGUGUUAGGUUGGAAGGCACCACAGCAGGUCACCUCAUCCAAUCUCCCUGCUCAAGCAGAAUCAUCCCAGGGCACAUUGCACAGGAUUGCUGCAGACAGUUCUUGAAUAUUUCCAGUGAGGGAGACUCCACAAUCCCUCUGGGCAAUCUGUUCCAGUGCGAGGGAUGCGAUCCAGUGGGAUUUUAAAGAUGGUUCAUGGUGGAUGAGGAUGAGAUAGAUAAGCCUUUCUUAUUCAUAUAUCUGUGAGCACAAGGCAGUUAGGAGCACCUCUACCCCCAAAAAUGUAGUCUUUUGUAUUGGCACAAGAGUAAAAUCUAUGUGGACAAAACAUCUAGAAGAGCUAGAUUUUAGCAGCAAGGGAAGCAAUAGUUCAUUCUGUUCAUUAGAAAUCUAAGGCUGCUGCCUUUGAAUCAAAGACUUUUUGCAUGAAAGAAGUAAUGUAAAAAAUUUGAGGUUCUCUAAGGAAGCAAAAUAUGGAGAGUCAAUUCCAAAAAGUGCACAAGUGCUGGAUUUUAGCUGGCAGCAUAUAUGGGAUAGCUUUUUAAACUUUGUAUUGCUGCUAGUUUACCUCUAUUACUGCAUGUAAAGUUCAGUGCGGAUCCGUGUCGAAAAGACAACACUGGAAAUUUUCAUGCACUUUUCAGCUCUAAGGGGUAGUAAAAUAUGUUUAAUGAAACGGCAUGAACACACAACAACCUUUCAGCCUGUUCAACUUGUUGCACAGUUUAACACAUAGUCAACAGAAAAGUACAAGUGCAUAAAUGCUACUUCUCCAAAGACAAAGAAACUCAUUAAACUUUUCAUUUAUGUAAGAAAUGAAAAGUUUGCUUUUAAAGGCAAAAAAUAUACUCUUAUGUCAUGUGAGUACAUGGACAUAACACCAACAAAGUAAUGGAUAUUCUACCAAUAUUAGACAUAAAGAUGAAUCAAAAUAUAUCACUGAAAAAUUACAAGCAAUAUGGCUAAUACUAAUACAGUUCUUAGGGCCAAGAUAACAUACACACAUCCCCAGCUGUAGCAGAAGUUAAGUCAAAGGACAUUGCUGAGGUGAAUGUCACUGGAUUCUCCUAGCAAUCAGCUCCAAAUGCCAGUCAUUUACACUAAACUAGUGAGAUUCUAGAAAAGCAAGGACUUCCUAAGGAAGGUUCGUGGUACUUUCUUUUAUGAUAACUUUCUGACAUGUACAGACUGUACCCUUUGGCUCUUUGCUCAAGAGGGUGUUUUGCUGCCUGGUGCAGUAUGCUAUUAAGAUUGAAUUCAUUGGGACUUGCUGCAUUUUACCUUUGUUCAAUAGCUU